CAAAAAUCAGAAACUUUAAUGGCAUUGAAACAGCUUAAUUUCCCUUCUUGUGAUGCUUUUCUCAUUAGGAGUGGAUGCAACAGUUUUUACUUUACAAAAUAGAUGUAGGGACAUAGUGUGGCCUGGCAUCCUAACAGGAGCAGGAAGACCUCAACUCGUAGAUGAUGGGAUGAUGGGAUUGAGUUAAAACCUGGCAAAGCAAUAAACAUCACUGCACCAAAAGGAUGGUCCGGCACGGAUGCAUCUUUGAUAGCUCUGGCAGUGGAACAUGCAUCACAGGAGACUGUGGAGGCAAGCUUAAGUGUGAUGGAGUUGGUGGUGCGCCACCCGCUUCACUAGCAGAGUUUACACUAGACAGCCAGGAAGGGGAUUUUUAUGAUGUUAGCCUUGUUGAUGGUUACAACUUGCCAGUGUCAAUCUUCCCUACUGGAGGAUCCAGGCAGUGUAAGGCGGUUACAUGCCGGUCGGAUUUGAACAGAAACUGCCCCAGCAGAUUGGAGGUGAGAAACCAAAGUCACAUUGUUGGUUGUAAGAGUGCAUGUAUGGCUUUCAACAAGCCGGAAUAUUGUUGCACAGGCUACUUCAAUAGCCCGAAGAAGUGCCAGCCAACAAGCUAUUCAAAGGUGUUCAAGGCUUCUUGUCCUCAGGCUUAUAGCUAUGCCUAUGAUGAUGCAACAAGCACUUUCACUUGCCAAGGAGCAAACUACUUAAUUAGGUUUUGUUAGAGAGGAUAGGCAGGAAUAGACAUUAUGUGUGUGUUUCUGUUCUUGCUUCCUCUAGUUUAGAUUUUCUCCAGAAAUGUCAUGUACUCAUGUCAAAUAUACACGAGUUUAUUAUGAGAAAUAUCCUAACCAUUGGAUAUUUAACAAAUGGUUGAGAUUAAAAUUAUGUAUGAUAAGUUUAUCAAUGAAAA